AUGUCAGAGCCAAGCAGCAACGGCUACUACAACUUCUUGAAGGUGCCGGCGGAGGCGGUUCCGGUCGGGACCAUGGUGGGGCUGCCGCCUGCGGCGGAAGCCGCACCUUCUCGGAUGUUCCCCUGCGCCUACUGCUCCCGGCGGUUCCACACAUCGCAGGCCCUCGGCGGUCACCAGAACGCUCACAGGAAGGAGCGGGCGGCCGCGGGCCGCAAGCCUGCCGCCUCAUACUACAUGGCCAACCUCACACCGCGCACCUCUCACGUGCCCGUCUUCCUCGAACCGGCCGUGCCGAGCCAUGGCGGGGGACUGCCGUACUUCGGCGGCUUAUUGCCACAACGUCCCGUCUCAGUGCCGCCGCCCUCCUACCCAGCGGCCGAGGACUCGGCUACCGCCGCCACCACCACCGCCGACCUCGACCUCUCUCUCCAUCUGUAG